AGGAUGAUGAUGAUGAUGGUGGAGGUGGUGGUGAUGAUGGUGACGGUGGUGAGGAAAAGGAGCGCGUGACGCCGCUGGACUUGACUCUUGGGGUGAUGGAUGUUAUGGGGGACCGCUGGUCUUAUUAAAACCCCCCAGGCCGACACAGGGACACAGACUGGGACAUGGGGGACCUUCAUCAGCGGAAGACCCGGGGACUCGGAAGCCUCACCACCAAGUCCCGGGUCUCCAAGGAGACCAAGCUCCGACUGCGCGUGAUCUUCCUUGAUGACAGUGAGCGGACGUUCGAGGUGGAGCAAAAGGUUUUAGGUGGUGAAUUCUUCAACAAAGUGUGUGGUCAUCUGAAGCUGCUGGAGAAGGAGUAUUUUGGACUGGAGUUCAGACAUCACAGCGGUAACUAUGUGUGGUUAGAGCUGCUGAAGCCACUGGCAAAACAGAUUAAAUACACCCAUGAUCUGUUCUUCAGGUUUAUAGUCAAGUUUUUCCCCCCGGACCCAGGACAACUAAAGAGAGGCCUCACUAGAUAUCUUUUUGCCUUACAGAUAAAGCAGGACCUGUCGAAUGGCGGUCUGACCUGUAAUGACAACAGCGCCGCCCUGCUGGUCUCACACAUAUUGCAGUCAGAGUUAGGGGACUAUGACGAGGAACUGGACUGUCAACAUUUAGAGAUGAAGCAGUACGUCCCCAACCAGGAGUAUCUGGACCACAAGAUCAUCAAACUGCACAAGAGGCACAGGGGCGUGUCUCCUGCAGACUCAGACAUCCACCUGCUGGAAGUCGCCAGGAAACUGGACAUGUACGGUAUCCGUCCACACCCGGCCCACGACGGUGAGGGCAUGAGGAUCAACCUGGCAGUAACCCACUCUGGAGUCCUGGUGUUUCAGGGAAACACUAAAAUCAACACGUUUAGCUGGGCCAAGAUCCGCAAACUGAGCUUCAAGAGGAAACAGUUCCUCAUCAAACUACAUGACAAAGUUGGGCCACUGUGCAAAGACACUCUGGAGUUUGCCAUGGCCAGUAGGGACGUGUGCAAAUCCUUCUGGAAGAUGUGUGUGGAGUACCACGCCUUCUUUAGACUGGCAGAAGAACCCAAGGCUGUUCCCAAAACACUGCUGUCAUGUAAAGGCUCCAGCUUCAGAUACAGUGGGCGGACCCAGAAACAGCUGUUGGAGUGUUUGGGCUCAGGGGAGAAGAAACCAUUACACUUGGACAGAAGCUGCUGUCAGUCGGACUUCGAUCCCAGACAGUGCCGGUCAUCUCCUGAUCUCCUCACCGACGUCUCUAAAGAGAUGUACGAACACGCCCACCCCUUCCCUCGGUCCAGACGUACCCUGGCGGUGCAGAGUGAGGAUGAGCUGGACCCCCACCUCGGGGACUUCCUCGGUGACUCUGAACUCAGUGGAGGAGGAGCCAAACGCAGCCACUCAUCUGUGGAGGUCAACCAGAGGUCCCGUCCUUUUGUCCAAGUCACACCUCUCUCUCCUUUUAGGAACCAGUCAUCUCCUACCCCGAAAAAGAGGUCAUCUUCUACAUCUGUGGUUGACGACAUGAGGGGAGGGCGACCGGGGGUGCAGCGCCAAGCCCAAAGGUUGGCCGGCAUUUACGGGAACCGGUCACGGCGGCGACCGAACCCUCAACCCCACCCUGAUGCAGCACAGCAGUUGGUGCUUCUCUACCCCAACAGCCCUGCUUACCAGUACCACCCAGUGCUCCCAACGUUCCCAUUGGCUGGAUCUUCACCUCUGAGCAGACACCCAUACUUGACGGACUAUGUUGCCGUUUCCUCAUUGGAGCGUUUUCCGCUGUCCAGGAGGCGGGACUUUGUGGGCAUGGAUGGCACAUCACGGCCGUCAUUCCACCCACUUGGCCAUGAUUCGCCCUCUCAUUCUCCACUCAGACGGAACCUCCGCCCCUCAGGCUCAGGUGGAUUUGGGUUGGCGAGGGGUUACCAACCAGGAAGCAACGGAGCAAGACUAUUGGGUGUGGGACACACGGAGGCGGGACAUUAUAGUGAUGACUCCAACUUCCUUCCGGGGCUGCCUCGCCGUGUGGCUAGUCAGCCAGACGUCAAGUUUCACUUCUCCAGGAGUUCUAACCCUGCUUCUGAGUUCCGCCCCCUGGGUUAUUAUCCCCACCUGACACGCCCCUCCAGACCCACCUACCUCCCACUGAACUCCUCCCCUCUGCCCGAACGCCCCACUUCGCUUUGCAUGAUCGGAGGAGCUGCAGGAAGCUACAGCGACUCAGAACCCGAGGUCUUCUACCCGUAUUACUGCGCCCCCCCUCCGCUGGGCAGGAUGGUCCGGUCUGCAGGACUGGCCCGCAUGAGGUUCUCCUCCGGAAGUCUUCAACUGGACGAGGAGGAGGAGUGGGAGGAGGAAGAGGAGGAGGCUGGACAGGAGAAAGAGAAAGCAAAAAAGAAGGAGAAGGGUGAAGAGGAGAAGAAAGAGGAGAAGAAAGAGGAGAGUGAAAAGGAGGAAAAAGGAGCUGCCAAGAUCACAGAGGUCACCCUGUAG